AUGAAGGGUGGAGAUGAGAUUAGUAGCCAGCUUCCGGGCCAUAUUGACUAUUCAGUUCCCGAUGCCAUGAUGGAUUUUGCCAAGCAACACAACAUAGCCGUCAAUGUGAUUUGGGAUAAUCCGAGGUACCAACCUGGAUGGAUCAAUUCGCUCUCACCGAAUGAUCUUCGAAAGGCCGUCGAAGAAAGGGUAGGAUCAAUUGUGACAAGAUACAAAGGCAGACUUAUAGCCUGGGACGUUUUGGGGCAAAAUGCCUCUGCAGUAAUAUACAACUUGGCUGGCAAGGCUGACGGAACCACUACAUUGUUUCUGAAUGAAUUUUAUGCCAUAGAAAAGAGUGAAGAUGUCCCCGCUUCACCCGCUAAGUACCUUCAAAAGCUGAAAGAAAUCCAAAGUUUUCCUGGUAAUGGCAAUUUGCGCAUGGGUAUUGGACUAGAGUCUCACUUUACUGUUCCAAACCUUCCUUAUAUGAGAGCUUCUCUUGAUACUCUCGCUUCUGCUAAUAUGCCCAUUUGGCUUACGGAAGUAGAUGUUAAAGGCAGCCCAACUAUUCAGGCACAAUACUUGCAGCAGAUUCUAAGGGAGGCGCAUUCUUACCCAAAAAUUACUGGAAUGGUAAUGAGGGCAGCAUGGAGGCCACAAGGGUGUUACCGUAUGUGUUUGACUGACAACAAUUUAAAAAACUUGGCUACUGGGGAUGUUGUGGACAAGCUUUUGCACGAGUGGGGUGGUUCAGUUGUAGGCAUGACAGAUGCUUAUGGCUUCUUUGAAGCUUCGCUUGCCCAUGGAGACUACAAUGUGAAGAUCACUCGCCAUGGGGUGACAAAUAUUUCCUCCUCAACUAGUAACCUUAAGGUGGCUCCAACUGAUGCCAGAAGAACAACUUUGCUUCACCAAGUUGCUGCUUGA